AUGAAAGCAGCAUUUGGUGGAUGGUGUCUGGCAUUGCUGGCACCGAUCUGGCCGCCAGUCCUCGCCCAGGAUGGCGGUAACAACGUAACAUUGUGCCAGGCCAACGAUUCCUUCAAUUCCACGAGCGCAAGCACCCCCUACGAGUUCAAUAACAAUGUAUGGGGCGAGGGUGCCUUGGACAAUGGUUCCCAAUGCCUUUCGGUCUUUGACGAAGGAGCAUCCUGGUCCGUUACCUACCAGUUCACUGGCAAUCCAGAACUGGUGAAGUCCUUUCCCAGGAUGAAAGUACACCCUUCGAGACUUCCUGUCCUGUUCUGGAACAUCAGCGCGCUCGAUUUCAAGGCAGAUUGGAGCAUCUAUGUUCAAGGCACAGAGAACAGCAGUCCAGAAGAGCAAGCGCAGGCAUACGAUGAAACAUAUGUGCGCCAGAAUGCAGCAAUCGAUGUGUUCCUCAGCGACGAUGCUUGGAACAGCACACAAGUAGGGCCUCCGAUUGAAAUCAUGAUCUGGUUUUGGCGCACACCCACCAUCGUUCCGUUGGGAUACUUUGAGUCAACGCCAGCAGUCGAUACAGUCGAAGUCGAUGGCAUGGACUUCAGUCUAUACCACGGCUGGAAUGCACAAGGCCAGCAUGUCUUCUCGUGGUUGUCGGAAAGCAACAUGACCAGUACUGAUGCAGACUAUUCGCCCCUGCUCCGAUACAUCUGGCAGAAGGGUCUACUGUCUGGAGCACUUUGGCUAGGGCAGCUCGAGUUUGGAUUUGAGGUGAUGCAUGCCGGCGAGCAGACGGUGUCUCAGGUUAAGCCGGGGUACAACUUGCACCUGAUCCGGGAUGGUGAUUCUGAUGAUCGCCCGAAGUCCACGGCAAUAGUACAGUCUGCGACCUCGACACGAGCAGCAAGCACCGCACCUUCUCCGACGGUCACCUCGCCUUCCGAACCCGCCGCCACGACGUCCAGUUCUGCUGGAAGGCUGGCACCAGCCGGCAUGGCCAGCAAUCGGUGGUUUGACGCAACCUGUCUAGCGGCUCUGCUGUCCGGCGCAGUUCUAUUCUUAAUUAGCAUCUUGCAUAUAGACUCAUGA